GCAACUGUCGUCACGCCUCCAGUCUGUCAAAUAUGGUUACAGGAGGUAAUCAGAAACUUGAUGUUGAAAUACACGAAGAAGUUGCAGGAGGACCUGGAAAUACCGUUGUGAAGGAUCACAUAGCCCUCUAUUUUGAUUCAUCCCAAAGAGGGUUCUUGGAAACAUCGAGAUCCACUUCCUACAAUUUUACAUCGUCUGAGUCUAAUUUGCAGUCAAGCUCACCUUGUUCCACAGAACAAAUGCUCGUCGGGGAGCAAAGAAACGGUUCUUCACAGCCAGUUGUGUCUCGAAGGUCACUGAGACGUUUUGCGGUACCUUUGGCCAAGAAGAUUGAUUGGAGCUCCGUGUGGGAUAAGUCCAAAGAGUGGAUUAAGAAUCCUAUGAACAUGGCUCUUUUCAUGUGGAUUGUUGCUGUUGGUGUUUCAGGGGCCAUCCUUUUUAUGGUCAUGACUGGAAUGCUGAACCGUGCUUUGCCAAAUAAGCCUCAGAGAGAUACAUGGUUUGAAGUUAGCAACCAGAUUCUGAAUGCAUUGUUUACCCUUAUGUGCUUAUACCAGCAUCCAAGGAGAUUCUAUCAUCUGGCACUCUUGUGCCGUUGGAGAGCCGGUGACAUGCUUGCGCUCCGAGAAACAUACUGCAAAGAUGGGAGCUGCAAGCCCAAUGAGAGGAAGCAUAUGAUGGUUGUGAUUCUGCUGCUCCAUCUCAACUGCUUCGCGCAGUACGCGCUGUGUGGCCUCAACCUUGGCUAUCCGAGAAGCAAACGACCUCCGGUGGGAGUCGGCCUGACCAUAUCAGUUGCAAUAUGUGCACCAGCUGUUGCUGGUCUGUACAACAACCUGAGUCCUCUUGGGAAAGACUACGAGGCCCAAGCCGCAGACCAAGAGUCAGGUCCACAGCUCCAACGGAAAACCAUUGAGAAGAGGUACUACUUUGCUGCACAAAGAGUCGAAGAAGAUGCCGCGGAGCGUAGCCCGCAGCCGCAACCGCAAUGGGUGGGCGGCGUGUUUGAUGUGUGGGAUGACAUCUCGCUUGCUUACCUCUCGUUGUUCUGCAGCUGCUGCGUUUUCGGAUGGAACAUGAGUAGGCUGGGCUUUGGCAACAUGUAUGUGCACAUGGUGACCUUCAUCCUCUUCUGCUUGGCUCCCUUCUUCAUCUUCAACCUGGCAGCGAUCAACAUCGACAAUGAGGCGGUCAGGGAUGCGCUCGGGCUGGGUGGCAUCCUUCUGUGUGUUUUUGGUCUGCUGUAUGGUGGUUUCUGGAGGAUCCAAAUGCGCAGGAGGUUCAGGCUUCCUGCCAACGACUCGUGCUGUGGCAAGCCGGACGUGACCGACUGUUUCCAGUGGCUGUGCUGCUGCCCCUGCUCUCUUGCCCAGGAGGUUAGGACCGCUGAUGCCUAUCAAAUUGUGCAAGACAGGAUCCUGUAUCGCCGCAGAGAUGAUGAUUCCAAUGCCAGCUCCCAGAUGCCAAGCCAUGGUGAUCAUGUAGUGCAUCAGCAGCAACAACAACAACAACCACUGAGAUUUGCAGGUGCUUUGGCUUCAGAUACAACAAUACCUCCUGUUGUCCCUGUUGUUAUACAUACAUAAACGGUAAGAUGUAGUACUAGUAUAUGUAUGGUUACAUCACUAAACUACACUUAGCUUUUAGAUCUCUCUCGUUGUAUCGGCAGAGCUAUUCCCUGUGUACUGUAAUCUAUUCUAGUUCUUGCCCUGCUGAAUUUUGAGAAAUUAAAAUACACCUUUUUUGCAUUCUUGUA